CCAAAUGGGCAAGUCCUUUGCUGAUGCCAAGGGCUCAGCAAUGGAAAGUGCAAGCAGGCUUGCCAUCCCUGGCCUCUGGGCGGGCAGGGGUUAAGGCCAGCAACUCCCACGUGAGAGCACCUUGCGACAGAGCCACACACCCAACCAGGUCUCUCUCACUCUUGCUGGUUUGCCUGUGCUUGUCACCCUGCUGGUUCUGCCACCAGGCACGGGACUGGCUAGCCUGUGGCCGCCACGGGGAGGAAAAGUUGGGCAAACAGGUGGGGAGGACAGAGCUCAAGCCUCAGGUCCCCUCCCUGCCCCCAUGCCAGGCAAGCACCCAGGCCCUGGCUCCUGCUGCCUGCCCAGAGGCCACCCAGCCUCCUAGACAGGUGCUGGACAUGGAGGAGCUGACCAUCUGGGAGCAGCACACGGCCACGAUCAGCAAGGACCCCCGACGGGGCUUUGGCAUUGCAAUCUCUGGCGGCCGAGACCGGCCCAGUGGAUCUGUGGUUGUGUCUGAUGUAGUGCCUGGAGGGCCAGCAGAAGGCCAGCUACAGACAGGAGACCACAUUGUCAUGGUGAAUGGGGUCUCUGUGGAGAAUAUCACCUCCUCCUUUGCCAUUCAGAUACUCAAGACCUGCACAAAGGUGGCCAACAUAACAGUGAAGCGUCCCCGGAAAGUCCACCUGCCCACCACCAAGACCACCUCUGGCCCAGGACACCAGGAUUCAGAUGAGGAAGAUGGACCACGGCGGCUUGAAGAAGCUGAGCAUGGCCAGGGCUAUGAGGGUGACACAUCCAGCGGUUCCGGCCACUCGUGGGGGGAGCGCUCCCGCAGGACGAGGAUGGGCCGCCGGAGCCGGGCAGGCAGCCACGGGCGCAGGAGCCCAGGCAGUGGCUCCGAGGCCAAUGGGCUGGCCCUGGUGUCUGGCUUCAAAAGGCUGCCACAGCAGAACGUGCAAAUGCGACCCGUGAAGUCUGUGCUGGUGCGGAGGAGAGAGAGUGACGAGUUCGGGGUCAAACUGGGGAGUCAGAUCUUCAUCAAGCACAUCACAGAUUCAGGCUUGGCUGCCCAGAACCGUGGGCUGCAGGAAGGAGACCUCAUCUUGCAGAUCAAUGGGGUGUCCAGUGAGAAUCUGUCACUGAGUGACACACGGCAACUUAUUGAGAAAUCAGAAGGGAAACUGACUCUGCUGGUGCUCAGAGACCGAAGCCAGUUCCUGGUGAAUAUCCCUCCAGUCGUCAGCGACAGCGACAGCUCCCUCCUGGAGGACAUCUCAGAUCUUGGCUCGGAACUGUCCCAGGCGCCACCGUCUCACAUCCCACCGCCACCCCGGCAUGGGCAGCGGAGUCCAGACGGCAGCCGAACCAACUCCCCUGUGGAGAGUCCCCAGCUUCGGCGGGAAAGUUCAGUGGAUUCAAGGACAGCAUCAGAACCAGACUCCCCGAGGCAAAGGAGCUAUGACAUCUACAGGGUGCCCAGCAGGCAGAGCAUGGAGGACCAUGGGUACAGCCCAGACUUGCGGGUGGUCCACUUCAUCAAGGGCACGAACAUCGGGCUGCGGCUGGCUGGAGGCAAUGAUGUGGGCAUCUUUGUGUCUGGGGUGCAGGCGGGCAGCCCAGCUGAUGGGCAGGGCAUCCAGGAGGGAGAUGAGAUUCUGCAGGUAAAUGAUAUGCUGUUCCAGAACCUGACCCGGGAGGAGGCUGUGCAGUUCCUAAUGGGGCUGCCCCAGGGCGAGGAGGUGGAGCUGGUGACACAGCGGAAACAGGACAUCUUUAGGAAGAUGGUGCAAUCCCGCCUGGGCGACUCCUUCUACAUCCGCACACACUUUGAGAUGGAGCCCAGCCCGCCAUCAGGCCUGGGCUUCACCCGUGGAGAUGUCUUUCAUGUGCUGGACACGCUGUACCCCAGCCCUGGGCAGAGCCAUGCCCGAGGAGGCCACUGGCUGGCUGUGCGCAUGGGCCGUGACCUCCGAGAGAAAGAGCGGGGCAUUAUCCCCAACCAGAGCAGGGCGGAGCAGCUGGCCAGUCUGGAGGCUGCCCAGCGGGCCGUGGGGGCCGGGCCUGGAGCCUCAACGGGCUCCAGCACUCGGGCCGAGUUCUGGCGGCUGAGGGGUCUUCGUCGGGGAGCUAAGAAGACCACCCAACGUAGCCGAGAGGAUCUGUCAGCUCUGACCAAACAGGGUCACUACCCGCCCUAUGAACGCGUGGUGCUACGAGAAGCCAGUUUUAAGCGCCCGGUGGUGAUCUUGGGACCUGUGGCAGACAUUGCUAUGCAGAAGUUGACUGCUGAGAUGCCUGAUGAGUUUGAAAUUGCAGAGAGUGUGUUGAGGACUGACAGCCCCUCCAAGAUCAUCAAACUGGACACCGUGCGGGUGAUUGCAGAAAAAGACAAGCACGCGCUCCUGGAUGUGACACCCUCAGCCAUCGAGCGCCUCAACUAUGUGCAAUACUACCCCAUUGUGGUCUUCUGUGUCCCUGAGAGCCGGACAGCCCUCAAGGCACUGCGUCAGUGGCUGGCACCCGCCUCCCGCCGCAGCUCCCGCCGCCUCUAUGCACAGGCCCAGAAGCUGCGGAAGCACAGCGACCACCUCUUCACAGCCACCAUCCCCCUGCAAGGCACGAGCGACUCCUGGUACCAAGAGCUCAAGGCUAUCAUCAGGGAGCAGCAGACUCGGCCCAUCUGGACAGCUGAGGACCAGCUGGAAAGCUCUUCAGAGGACAACCUGGACCUCCCCCACCGUGACCUGGCUGACAGCUCUGCGGAUCUGAGCUGUGACAGCCGCGUCAACAGUGACUACGAGACAGACGGCGAGGGCUACACGGACGGCGAGGGUGGGCCUUACACAGACGUGGAUGAGGAGCCCCCGGCACCAGCCCUGGCCCGGUCCUCUGAGCCCGUGCUGGCGGAUGAGCCCCAGAUCCUGCAGGAUCAUGGAAGACCCUCAGGUCACCAGGCACCCCAGGUGGAUGGCCGCCAUCCACAAGGUCAGUGGCGACAGGACAGCAUGCGGACAUAUGGGCAGGAUGCGCUGAGAAAAAAGUUUACACGAGCCCGAGAUGUGGAGUCUUCAGAUGAUGACAGCUACAACUGGGGCCCGGCCACUGACCUGUGACCCUUCCCAGAUGGCCAGCUGACCUGUCCUCCCUUUUCCUCCUUGGAGCUGAACCUCAGUUUCCUAUAUAGAACCUGGAAACAGUGGGGGGGAGGAAGAACCUGGAAACCUGCCUCCCUCUACCUGGUCUUUAAUAAAUAGAGUAUUUUCACA